AUGGAAUUUGAUUUAGUUUUAUAUAUUAAGAAGGAAUAUUCUUUAAUCCUGUUAUGUGUAGGGUUCAUUUCUAUAAUUCUUACUAUGGGAGAAAUAGCCGCCGAGGUAUUGAAGCAAGGCAACUUGGAACAUUUGAGGUUGGACUAUUUGAUUUUAGAGUCCCUAGAUGGUUUGACAAAUGACUCUAAAAUGAGACAUUAUCUAUUUAAAAAUGUUUUUGAAUCUAUGCAGUUAAAAUUUUAUAGCCAGAAUGUCGAGGGCUUCAAAGAUUGUAUACUUGGAGACUCAAGUUUAACGGAUUCCGAUAUAAAUACAUUUAAUAGAAGGUUUGUAUUUUGUUCUAUAUUUGCACAACAAUCUUUAGCUGUCAAUUUCAAUACUUUUAAAGUGAUUUCAAGAUUUAUCAAAAAUGUUUUAUUGCUUACUGAAAUUGCCAUUGGUGUCGUCAGUAUUGUGACAAUAUAUCAUAAUAAUUCAAAUGAAAUUAAUAAGAUAAGACACUAUUUACUGGGAAUAAUAAACAUUGACAAAAUUCCAUUCCACGAUAAAAUGAAGGAUAAUUAUAAUAAUGACAGUAAGAGCCCUUGCACUUCGAAGAGAAAACCAUCACUAAACAACUCUAGUAAGGAAAAAGCAGCAAAUGUGAACAUAUUAUCAGACUUUAAUAAAUCUAAGGAUUCGACCGAGUCAGUUAAUAAUAUAGUUAAGACUGCCAUAGAUAAAUUAAACAAACGAGAUUACAUAGAAUCAUCAGAGUCAUCAACAUUUUCCUCAAUAUCCCUACCAACCUUCUUCUUAAAUAAAAAAUCGUCAACUAAUAGUCACAAAGAUACUAAUGUGUAUUUUAAAGAAAAUGUUGACUACCUGAGUGGCACAAAGCGAUCAAAACAUGAGAUCACAGUGGACAACUUGAAUAAUAAAUUAGAUAAUGCAUUAAAAAUAUCAUCUGUUGAAGGGACGAAUUUGAGACCGAUAGAUUUAGCAGGAGAAAAGUCUGAUGGUGAUAAUGGUAAGGUUGAAAUUGCAACACCGGUUAAGGUCAAUGAACCUAUUCAUUGCGCUUUGGAGACAAAAAAUUUAAAUGAAGAAAGGCCAUAUCCCAUAAUAAAAAAGACACCUUUGAAUUUUGACUUAAUUACUACAAAAGGUAGAGCUGAAUGGAAAAAUCAUCUAUUGAAAUUACAAGAAACUAAAAACAAAAGAAAUGAGAAAGAAAGAGAGCAUUUUGAAUUUCCUAAUGAUAACAAAUUACAAGUUGCUGAUAUACAAAAUAUUAGACUAUUUGAUCCAAGUGGAAAACCUCUAAGAAGAGUAGUCAUUCCCGGUAUUGGAUGGGUACCUCAUCGUAGGGCACAAAUGAUAUUAAAUAAAAACAAAACGACACUUACUUAA